AUGUCCACCAUACUCCCCCCUUCCCUCGACCUUCCCGCUCACUUGUCUGCGCACAAGUACUUCUUCGUCUGCACCCUCACCGUCGCAGCAUGGGACACACUCGUCCUCUCACCACGCACAUGGCGUCUCAUGAAGACAGGAGAGUGGCCUCCCUUGAAGAUCAUCUUCCAAAUCCUCCGUUACCUCAUGCCAAUCGAGUUCACGAUCGUUGCCGUCGCAUUCUUCAGUCAGUGGACGCCCGACAUGUGCCAAAAGUUCUAUCUGUUUGAGCCCGUGACUACUGCCAUUCUCAUGGGCCUGUGCUCCCUAACCCUGUGCAUUCGCCUUAGUGCAAUCUAUGACAAAAACCGAAUGGUCAAGUUCGGCCUCAGUGCUCUCCUGGCGAUCCAGGUCGUUGCCGAUGCUGUCUGCUGUGGUUUCUACCAAGGUCAGGGUUGCAUCGCUGGUCCUCGCCAAAGCUUCGUUGCGCUCUAUUGGGCUGUCCCAACCGCAUUCUACACUGUCUGCCUGGUCCUCGCGAUCCACCGCUCCCUCCGCUCGCGGCGUUCCAAGGCGAUUGGUCUCUGGAAGCUCAUUCUCCGCGACGGCCUGAAUCUGUACGGUGCUAUUUGGAUUGUGAAUAUGAUCAAUUUCCUAUUCUGGAUCAUUGCACAGCCUACCGACAGCGCGGACACAAUUAAGACUAUUGUUACAAGCAUGUGCGCCGUGCUCACCACCACCAUGUCCCUGCGUGUCAUCCUCUCCGUCCGCGGCUCCCUUGCUGAAGGUGGCUCAUACGCCGGCCAGUCGCAGGGUUCCACCUCCGGCAACCGCUCCGGUCCCUCCGGCGUCAGCUUCUCCCGCAACAAGGAGACCAACGUUGUCAACAUCUCCAACGCUGGUACUGGCCGGAACAACCAGACCUUCACUCUGGAAGAGAUGCGCUCCAGGGCCGAGCGUGACUGGCAGGAUGACGGCAAGGCAUCCAUUACAGACAGCCGCUCAGUCCUUGAGACGAAGACUGCUGAGGACACCCUUAACCCCUACAACCCCACCUACCCCGGCGUCACUGUCACCAUCGAUCGCGAGGUCGAGCACCCCGGUGCUGCUCGCGCUGCUUGA